AUGAUGUUGAACUCUAGUCUAAUCAAUAUAUAAUGUAUUGUGUAAGACAUCAAUCAUUUAUUUAUUCGAAGUAUUCCUUCUAUUUGUAGCCUACUUAUCAAUUAGUUCACCAAAAAAGUUGCAUAUUCAUGUACAGUCAGGUUAAAGUUCAGACAAACCUUUGAUGCUUGAUCAGUAAGAGUACAUUACGUUAACAUUACAAAGACUGCUGCAAUUUCAUCUGCCAAAGUCCAAAGUCUAAACUGACGCCAAUAUGGAAGCUGUCCAUUUCAGGAGAGAUUAGGUUUGGAUUUGACGGUGCAACUCCUACAGACUUUUCACUGCAUUUAUUUGUUUUUCUUCAGAAUAUGACCGAGCAACAAGUUUGAAACCGUGAUGUGUGUUAUUUUGUGCGUUCAUAUUUCUGCCAGUAGUGAAACUGAAGGAAGCCGUAUUAAAGAACCACUUGCUGUUUUUACAAGCUAUCUUCACAUAGAUAUUUAGCAAAAUUACUCUUCUCAGUGAAGAGGAGUGUUUUCCUCUGCUAGCUGAAAUUCUAAGGAUGCUCUUAUGCCUAAGCGACUAAUAACAACCUACGCCCUCUGGGCAGUGGGAGGCCCACUGGGUCUUCAUCACCUGUACCUCAGGAGGGACAGCCAUGCUCUCUUGUGGAUGCUCACUCUGGGUGGUUUUGGGUUCGGCUGGCUCCGAGAGUUCUUCCGAAUCCCAGCUUACGUUAACGAAGCCAACAAAGAGGCUGAGAGAGUCAGACGCCCAGCCGGUACGCCUCCACCAAUAGGCUUGUUUCGUUUUGCUGGCCAGAUUUGCGUCGGCAUUUACUUUGGCUCAGUUGCUUUGAUUAGUCUGAACUCUCUGAGUUUCUUCUACCUGCUGGUGUUGCCAUUGAGUGUUGGUGCGGGGGUCCAUCUGGUGUCCUGCGUUGGUCAGCAGACUUCUGACCUGCAGAAGACCCUCACUGCUUGUAUCCUGACCUCAUCCAUAUUCUACGGCAGCACACUCUCGCCUCUACCCAUCAGCAUAGCAGCUAGUUUCACUGCAGCACAACAUAGAAAGUUUAAACAUCCCCAACAUGCAGGAUCUCCACCAGAGCCAGUGGGACCUCGCCUCUAUCGCCUUAGCCUAGCACUGCUGGCUUUCUCAGCUCCGCUGGGAUACUGCGUUUUUCACAACACCACAGCUACUUUAUACUACAUUUCAGACUGUGUGGCGGCGUUUCUCGAAAUGUUUUGGUUCAUUCCUUGGAUCAGAGGGGUUGUGGAAUUCUUUCUGCUGUUGCCAUACCAGGUCUUGUGUGCGCUGACUGGAGGGAGUUACUACGAGGAGAGCUGGAAGAAGGUUCUGGAAAUACUUCUUAAUGAAUACACCAAAAGAGAGAUUGAGGCAAUGAAGGUGCUGUCGGUGUCUGAGGGAGCCACUCUGGAGGAGAUCGCUCACAGCUACAGGGAGCUAGCUAAAUUAUGGCACCCAGACCGCAACCCCACGAAGAAACAAGAGGCAGAAGAGAUGUUCAUUAAAAUCAGUGAGGCGUAUGAGACACUGCUCCACAGACAUAAGCCUCAAAGCAGGAAAUGACUUCAGACUGCAUGUCUGUAGUAGUCUGCCAUCCAGUGGUUAUAAAGAGUACUUUCUUUAAGUUAUUACUGUUUGGAGUUACUGGAUUAAACUAACACACUGCUGCUCAUUACAUUUUGGGGAAAAAGGGCACUGUAUAAUUACUUUGACUGUUGGUCACAGUGCAAAUUUGCCUCUGUCGAGAAAACAUUUUUGCUCAUUGCUCCACUAGAACAGAAUAUCUACCUUUACUUGCUCAUUGAAUCAUUUAGCAGACACAUUUUAUCCAAACUAACUUAAAGAAGUAGACUCAGUGCUGCAAAAAUUCUAAUCCUUGAUAGUUAGUAAGUAAACAAUUAAACAGAUGAUUUGAAGUAAAUGAUCAAUCUAGAUUUAUAGAGCAAAUUUUGCUGUUUCUAUUUUUAUACUGCUUGCCUUUGCUGAACAGAGUCCAUUUUAAUUAAUAUUAAUAUUAAUAUUAAUAUUAAUAUUAAUAUUAAUAAUAAUUUGUUACAUCAAGUUAAAUUUUUUUCUGCUUCAGGUUAGAUGGUUAGUCUGCUGAUCCAACAGUUCAAAUCAGUUUAGCACUAAAAUGGCAACAGGUUACAUUAUGGAUUUGUUUGUUUUUAAUAAAAUAUUAGUUUAUAUAUUGAAACACAUUUAAAACUUUGAGGGACAUAUCUAGUUAAAUGCAGGUUGAGCAUAAGACAUCAUAUGAAUAAUAACUUAUACACACAAUAAUUAUAUACACAUGUAGACUAUUUUAUAUAUAUGUUCAAUAAACAUAUAAAAUAAUAUCAGAUUAGUCUGAUUAGUCUGUUUAUAAUGGAAGAUGUGCGGCUUUUUGCCUUCAAGCGAUCUAAAGUUGGCCAAAAGAUACGGAAAUUAAAGCAAAAUAGUGAUAUAACUUGUCCUCCUAUGUAUUACUUAUUGUGUAAUUCAUCAUGAUAGUGUUUGCACCAGCCUUUUCCAAAGCAGAAUCCAGUGCUUUGUUUAUGUGCAGCAAACUGGUUUAUACACUUUCACAUGCUGUUGAUUUUUCAUUUUGAAAUGAGAUAAAAAGCUAAAGUUGAAUAUCUUAUUGAAUAAAUUUCCUGUAUAGACUAGUGAUCACUACCUUAUUCAUGAUAUUAACUGUUAUAAGCUGAUAGAUUUCAUAACAUUUAAUUGGGGAAUGCAAGAGAGUUGGGCUUCCACUCCUGUGGUUUAUGUGAUAAGGAGGUGUAUUAAAUAUAACUAUGUAUUUAAUCACAUUUCAUCUUUCCAUAAUAUCAACAAUGAGAACUAAAAUAAAUGCCACAGUAAUGCUUUGUUUGUCAGAAUAUAGUCACUUUAUCAUUUUAAUGUGGUGGCAUAUUACAUGAUUUCAAAGUAAUGAAUUUACACCACAGCACUGUUCAUUUCUCAAAUCUGAUUGGUCAGAUGUGUUGAUUAAUUUUCUCUAACAGCACAGCUUUGACAAUAGUGCAGCUGUACUUCAAAUCAAAGGUUUAUAUUAAUACACUUGUUCUAAUAUGUUAUCGUUUCUAUACUAACAACUUA